UAUAAUCUCCCUUCUCCAAAAUACGAAAUCCAAAAUGCCAAGAAAAAACCCAGCGCAUCUCAAACCUUGGCUGAUUGACGCUAUACUAAUGAAUACGGAACCAACUAAAGCAAAUUCAGUCAAAAUUCUCAAGCAUUUAGUCACAAGAGAAGAUGGAUCAGUGAUAAGGGAAGUAACUGAUGGCAGUGUGUUCAUCAAAGCUGACUUUUCACAAGAGGCCAUUGAAGAAAUGUUCAGUGAAGAAGGGUCAACACAGCCAGAAUGGUACAGUGCAUUACUCAUUCUUAGAAAGUAUUCUAUUCAUUUUGAUGUCACAAAUUGUUUGGAAAAAAGUGAAUUUGUAUUAAAGAUUUCCUCAGCCUCUAUUUGGGAUUUACAGCAGGGAUUUUAUCUCAAGUACAGAGUACUUGACUGCAUGGAUAAUAAAAGUGUAAGAGAACUCGCAAACGAAGCGUAUGAAAACUACCGACCUCAACAAAGGGAUGAUUCCAUGGACUGUAGCAUACCACUUACACAACUUCUAGAUAACAUGACAAAUGUAGAGUCACAAGAGGAGGAAAAAGAAAAUAGUACAGCUGAUGAAUUAACAUGUGAUACGAUCUAUGAAGAAAUAUUUAUAAGUAAGGAACAGCAAGCCCUGUUAGAUGAUAUAGAAGAAUGGAAGGCUGAUUAUAUACCAUCUUUUGAAGACAACUCUCAAAUAUAUCAUCAGAAGUCAGAGGAUAAUUCUUCAAAAGAUAAAGUAUUGCAACGAGAUAUAGAAAUGAAAGAUUUAAUUACAGAGAAAACUUGUAAAAAGAAAUGUUCUACUGUAGAUAAAGCAAUUCAUGAACAGGAAAUAAGUAACAGUGGUGAUGUAGUUAGUUCUGGAGAGUCUAUCAGGCUCAGCUGUUCUGACCACUCUAGUGAAGAGAUUAUUGUACAUAACCAUGGUGAUGACCUUUCAACUGAUCACCAUGACAACAACAGUAAAGUAAGCAGUUCAUCUGGCAGCAUAGAGCACGAGAACAUAAAAUCUAAAUAUUCAGACAAUGUUUCUUCUAAAAAGGAGAAAAAGAAAGAAAAAUGUAGCCCAACUAAUUACCAAAAGCAUUUUGAAAACUUUAUUUUAAUUGAUCAUGACCAUGCUGUGAGUAGUACUGUAUUGAUAGCGGAAACUCAACCUUUUACUCCUACGGUGUCGCCCCCUGGUACUCAGUCUUUUUCGCCAAAGGAAUACGAUCCGUUAAUAUCAAUAUCUCCUAUACUAAAUAAAUCUGAUUCAUUGACAUUGUUUUCUAUUUCUCCUGAAACUAAUAAAUCAUGUGAUCAAAAUGACAAAGAAGAGACAACUCCAAGUACCAGUGUCAAUGAAGUGACACAUGGCACACCAAAGAAAGGCCAGAAAAAACCUGCAAUACUACAUGCUAGUGAAUACACAGGAUACAGACAUGAGAGGGAAAGAAAAAAUUCUUCAAAAAUAAUAAAAAGUAAAGAUAAACCUAUGGAAGUAGUUGUGAACGUCCAAGUUGAAAAUAAAGGAAAUGACAGUUUUGAAAAGGAAAGACUAAAAUCAAUAUGUAAACAGUCUAAAAUUGGACAGUAUGAAAACGAUGAAGAAAUCAGACUAAAUAAACUAAGUUCUCCUAGUGAUAAAGAAUCAGCUGAAUAUUUAAUUCAGGAAAUGAGUAAACAAUCCAAUUCUGAAGAAGAUAGUUGUCGCAUUGAACUGUCCAAAUGUAAUGAUUCUGAACAGGUUGUUUCACUGUCACAAAAAUCAGAGGAUUCUCAAGAUUUGAAACAAUCACAAAACUCUAUCUCGGAUAAUACUCUAAUGGAGAUAUCAUCAGGGCAAAUGAAAUCAGUUGUUGCAAUAUCAAAGUCUAGAAAUUCUAAUGAUAAUUGUGAUGGGCUUGGUGCUACUAUGGAACAAAGUGUAGUGGUAACAGAUGAGGCGGGAAAUAAAAAAUCACAAAAAUAUGUUUUUAAAAAGGUGUUACCGGACAGUGUUACAGGAAAAGAGAGAGCUCUAGGUAAAGUUCAGGAUUUGAUGUCGAGUAUUAAAUCAACAAAGAGAAACAGAUGUGAAAUAUCACCUAAUGAUGUUCCCUCAGGUAAAAGUAGAAAAGUUGAUACUCAUGCAGUGGAGACAACAGAAAACACUUCAAUGAGAAAUAAUGAGAAUAUAGUGGCGAGUAAUUUAACACAGGAGUCAGAAACUUCCCCAAGACUUUUACAGUCAACAAGGUCAACCAGAAAACUUCCAUCUGAAAUUUCAUUUGAAAAUAUUGGAGGGAAAAAAAUCAGAAUGAAAAUAAAUCAAACUGGAAACUCUUCAUCACCAAUAGAAAACUCUGAUAAAGGAGAGAAAAGGGAUGAAGAAGAACAAUCGCAGAGUAUUUUGACAAGGGAUAAAUCAAGGUCACCCUCAAAACAGGUUCAAGGAGAGACAGUCCAUGAUGUUAUUGUAAUCUCCAGUGGUGAAUCAGAUGGGUGUCUAAAAAGUAAACAAAAUGUGGAAAAACAGCCAGUUGAAGAACAAUCUGGAAGCAGUAAAAAUACAGAAGAUUGUAAGAACAGACAACGAAAUCCAUUCACAGAAUCAGACGAAAUAUCAGCUUCAAAAAUGUCAAAAGGCUCAUCCUCCUCACAGAGGUCAAAGGGUAAACAGUUGAGAGCUAAGAAUGCUGGAAACCUAGAAAAAAGAGAUAUAAAAGGAAUAAGUCAAACAAGUGUAAUCUCAAGCUGUCCUAUAGAUCUGGUUCCUUGCUCAUCUGAAGUGGUGUCCACUUGCUCCCAGAUACAGAAUCAGUCAAUGGAGGGAUGUGAUAAAUCAGAAGAUUUAUCUGAGAUGGAAAGAUUUUUAUCAGAAAUACAACCAGAGACGGAUAUAGGAAGAAAGUUAUUACAGAUGACAGUCCCUAGAGAUCUGGCAGUUACAGCAUUUAAUUAUUACAGAAACAGAGAUUUUGUCAUGUGAUAAUGAUUUCAUUGGAUGAUUUAUAAAGAAAUUAUAUAAGACAUUGAGCAAACAAUUACAUAUAAAAUAGAUAGAUUGUCUUGAGAUCUCAUUUUUGACUGCAUUUACUGAAAAGAAAAAAUCAAAUAAUCAUGUUUUUAUGCCCCACUUAUGAUAGUAGAGGGGCAUUAUGUUUUCUGGUCUGUUUGUCUGUUCGUCCUUCUGUCCGGCUUCAGGUUAAAGUUUUUAGUCAAGGUAGUAUUUGAUGAAGUGGAUUUCAGGUUAAAAGUUUUUAGUGCAAUAUUCAGGUUGAAGUUUUUAUGCCCCGUAUGAUAGUAGAGGGGCAUAUUGUUAUCUAGUCUAUGGCUCCGUUCGUCUGUCCGUCUGUUCACCCUGCUUCAGGUAAAAGUUUUCGGUCAAGGUACUUUUUGAUGAAGCUGAAGUCCAAUCAACCUGAAACUUAGUACACUUGUUGCUUUUGAUACGGUCUUUUUAAUUUUAAAGCCAAAUUAGACUUUUGACUCCAAUUUCACGGUCCACUAAACAUAGAAAAUGAAAGUGGGAGUUUCAGGUUAAAGUUUUUGGUCAAGGUAGUUUUUGAUGAAAUUUAAGUCCAAUCAACUUGAAACUUAGUACACAUGUUCCCUAUCAAAUAAUCUUUCUAAUUUUAAUGCCAAAUUAGACUUUUACCCAAUUUCACAGUCCAUGGAACAUGGAAAAUGAUAGUGCAAGUGGGGCAUCCAUGUACUUUGGACACAUUCUUGUUGGUUAAUGUUUUUGGUCAAGGUAGUUCUUGGUGAAGUUGAAGUCCGAUAAACUUGACACUUAGUACACAUGUUCCCAACGAUAUGAUCUUUCUAAUUUAAAUGCCAAACUAGAUUUUUUUACCACAAUUUUAAGGUCCACUGAACAUAGAAAAUAAUAGUGCGAGUAGGGCAUCAAUGUACAAUGGACAUAUUCUUUUUGAUUAUAAAUUCUUUAGAAAUGGGAUUGGAGAUUUGAGCUUAACACUUUGAUAUAGUGAAGACAUUGCUCAUAAAAUGAGCUAAGAGCAUAAAUUGAACUAACCUUAUUUCAUAAUGUUUGAUGAAAACAUGACUGUCAGAUUACUUAUUGCUUACAAUCUUUUACAGGUCAUGUGACGUGUGUACAAAUAUUUACAGCUAUAAUGAGUGCUAGUAUAUUUGACCUUUCCAAAAAUUAUAUUGUCAUAAACAGGGGGAGGGUUCCGGGUAUUGGAACCCCCCAUUUUUUUGGGCGAUCAAUGCAUUUGAAUGGGUACAUAUAGUUGGAACCGCCCCUUUUUAAAAUGGCUGGAUCCACCCCUGAUAAAAAAAAAAUAAUAUUGUUAUAAGAAAAUAGGUAUGAAGCAAAUAUGUUUUUGACAAGAACUGUAAUGGAGGAUAGUCAUAUUUUCAAUUAGAAAAAUUGUUAAUUUAAAUUGAAGAUAUUGUAGUGAAGACUAUAUAGCUAGUCAUUGUUAUUUACAUUUGACAGUACUAUACAUGUCUGAAUUGUCAACCAAAAAGGGGAAUUCGUAUUCAAAUGUAGUUCUCAAGAGAGAUUUUUAUAUUAAUAUUAUUUAUGUUGGAUUUCACGCUAUUUUCUGCUCUUUGGUCAGAUUCUUGUCCCUGAAACAUUCCCCAUGUUAUAAGAAAUUUAACAAAUACAUUUUUGUUGAUUGUCUUACACUUUUUACAAACAUAUUGUGUGUGGUGCUGUUUAAAACAAAUUUAGUUCACAGUUGUUAUUUGUUGAUGAAAUAAAGCAUGAUAAUGCAUAUAUAUCAUUUCUUGGAGAUAUGUAUUUUUGUUAUUUUAAUUUUUUAAAUAAAAGUGCU